CCUGGUAAACUCCACUGCGGAGAGUCCAGUGGUACCCCCUCCACAUCCAAUUCAAAACUUUUUUCUUUUCUUUUUUUCUAAAUAUCACCGACGGAUCAGCAUCCUAGUCAGCGCCGAACCACAUUAAGAAUGAAAUAAAUCAUAUGAGAAUAACAAUAAAUAUUAUUAAAUAAGCAAUUGAUCGGCCGAAAUGCCACGAUCCCCCAAGAAUCUCUCAUUUGACCAAUUGACUGGAGCUUCAGAGACAGUGAGCUCAGAUUUCCGUAAGUUCUCAGUGAAAGCAGCCAUGGAUGAUUUCAGAUCCAAAUCAUGCGGGCAUGGAAUGAUGCAGAUAGAGAGCUACUGCGGCAAUGGCUCGGGCCCCACUUCCUCCGGCGGCAUCAAUGGAAUGCAAGAUCUCAGGUGUUACAGUGCCUCCUAUGCGUCUUCAGCGCAGCCGCCGACCCAAACCCAGAUGGGCAACAAUGGCGAUAGGUUCAAGAAGGCCAAGUCCACAAAUGGGUCUGCCUCGAAAAGCUGGAGCUUUAAUGAUCCGGAGCUGCAGAGGAAGAAGAGGGUCGCUAGCUAUAAGGUUUAUACUGUGGAAGGCAAGCUCAAAGGCUCUCUCAGGAAGAGCUUCAGGUGGGUCAAGGAAACCUGCAACAGAGUGGUCUAUGGGCGGUAAAUGAUUUUUCUGAAUAUAUUAUUAUUUGGUGGUUUAAUUCGUGUUGGUUUAUUCUAUAAAGUUAAUUUAAUGAGGUGGUAAUAUGUUUGCCGAUGAAUAUAUGUAUAUUUCUGGAUGUUUCGUAUCUGAAAUUUUAUCCAUUUUUAUUCAAAGCCUUGUUUGCUGCUUUCUGCUAAGAACAUAAGUUGUCUCAAACCAAGCAAAUAUUGAUG